GUGACAAAACCCGCAGCCCUGAUUGGAUGAAACAUGUAUUUUUCUGGUAGGACGAACGUGACGUGUGUACUCAAGGAUUUUACGACACGGACGUCUGUAGUGCAACAAUAGCGAUGCUUUUCAACAAGGCUCUGAGAGGGGGCGUGCAGUCUGUCCUGCGGCUCCAGAGUACCAAUGCUGCAGCUGUGGCCGCUACCAGCUCUCAGAAUGCUCCGUCAACCGGGUUCUGCUUUGAGAUGACAGACCAGCAGAAAGAGUUCCAGGAGCUAGCCAGGAAGUUUUCCCGGGAGGAGAUUGUCCCUGUUGCAGCAGCCUACGACAGGAGUGGAGAAUAUCCUUUCCCCAUCAUCAAGAGAGCAUGGGAGCUGGGCCUGAUGAACUCUCACAUUCCAGAGGACUGUGGUGGAAUGGGUCUGGGCAUAUUUGACUCCUGCCUCAUCACAGAAGAGCUGGCCUAUGGUUGCACAGGAGUUCAGACUGCUAUCGAAGCCAACUCUCUCGGUCAAAUGCCAGUGAUCAUAGCCGGUAAUGAUUUCCAGAAGAAGAAGUACCUGGGCAGAAUGACAGAGGAACCUCUCAUGUGUGCGUACGGAGUGACGGAGCCUGGCGCGGGCUCUGACGUGGCGGGCCUGAAGACGCGGGCGGAGAAGAAAGGAGACGAGUACGUUGUUAACGGUCAGAAGAUGUGGAUCACCAACGGAGGCAAAGCCAACUGGUAUUUCCUGCUGGCCCGUACUGAUGCUGACCCUAAGUGUCCAACCAGCAAGGCUUUCACAGGCUUCAUCGUUGACGCGGAUUCACCUGGAAUACUAGUUGGCAGGAAGGAGUUGAACAUGGGUCAGCGGUGUUCAGACACCAGAGGAAUCACCUUCGAGGACGUCCGGAUACCCAAGGAGAACGUUCUGAUUGGAGAAGGAGCUGGCUUCAAGAUUGCCAUGGGAGCCUUCGACAAGACCAGACCACCAGUGGCAGCAGGCGCUACAGGUCUGGCUCAGAGAGCUCUGGAUGAAGCCACUGGCUACGCUCUGGAGAGGAAGACCUUCGGGAAGCUCAUCGCUGAGCACCAGGCGGUGUCGUUCCUGUUGGCUGAGAUGGCCAUGAAGGUGGAGCUGGCCAGGAUGGGCUGGCAGAGGUCAGCGUGGGAGGUUGACAACGGGAGGAGGAACACCUACUACGCCUCCAUCGCUAAGGCAUUCGCCGGGGACAUCGCCAACCAGGUGGCCAGCGACGCCGUGCAGGUGUUUGGAGGAAACGGCUUCAACUCUGAAUACCCCGUAGAGAAACUGAUGAGGGAUGCCAAGAUCUACCAGAUCUAUGAAGGCACAGCCCAGAUCCAGAGGCUAAUCAUCUCCCGUGAACACUUCGGCAGGUUUAAGAAAUGAGCUCCCAACACCUGUCAAGUCACUAGUCCCGUCCUCUCUGAAUGAACACCUGUUGUCUUCCUUCUCGGUUCUGUUCUAACUACUUGUUGGUUUUUUAAUAGUCAUGAUCAAUACAUAUUUUGGGUGAAUCAGAUAUGGCACACUAUGCUUUUUUAAUAUAGUUCCCUACUUUUGACCAGAGGCUAUGGUUAAAAGUAGUGCACUGCAUAGGGAAUAGGGUGCAAUUUCAGACACACUUUGACUGAAGUGUGGAAUGCAGUACAGAAUGUGGCCUUCUGUCAUCACAACACACCACAUGCCUUGUUGCCCUUUGGUUUCAACGUUCAACUGUAGCUGGACUGUUUUAAAGGGCUUUGUGUGAAGAAGAUUGUAACUUGUGAAAAUAUAACCGAUCAAAUGAGUUGGAAACGUAAAACCUCAACUUUAUCAGCACUUUGUUGAACCGUAAUAAACUAUGUAUACUGA